GGGAGGGGAAGACAGGCCAGCAGCCUGUUUCCCAGAGCACUGCAGGAGGACAGGGGCUGGACGGGAGGAGUCCCAGCCCCUGGGGAGGGGGCCUGGAAAGAGCCACCAAGGUCAGGAGGGGCAAGGAGGGGCAAGGAGGGGCAGGGAGGGACAGGGAGGGCCUGGGCUGCUGGGGAGGAAGCCACAGGGAGGCCCCGGCUCUGGCCCUGGACAGGGAAAGCAAGGAGGUGGGGGGCGUGCCUGUACCCCUUCCCCAUCAAAGCAGUGGCGACCAGCUUCUCCCCUCCAGAGUAACACCCUGGCCCCUUUUCCCCAGCAGCCAGCAGAGCCCCGGGGGGGCUGAAAGCUAAGACUCAGGGACCCCGGUUUUCCAGGGCUCUCCACUCUCAGAGCAAGAUGGGGGCGUCCCAUGGGCACCCAAGGCUUCCUUCCCCUCCAGAGAGAGGGUAGACCCUGGGGGAGACUGAGUCAGGGCAAUCCGCUCAGCACCCAGGAAGUCGCCCCUCCCAGGGCAGCCAGAAUGCCCUUGCUGCCCCUCCCCCAACCUCCAGGGGAGGUCAGGCCAGGCUGGGGGUGGGGCUCUGGAGGCCUGGCCCUGGCACCCAGCGGAGGAGAUUCCAGGCUGUAACUCCAGGCCGCCUUCAGGGCCACCAGUCCAAGUGACAUUCAGGAGCUACCGUGCAGCCGGGGGCCCUUCUUCCCUGAGCCGCUGAGCCCCUGGUCCUGGCCGCCCAGCCCCCUGGCUCCAGCUCCGGGACUUAGAGGACGGGACUUAGAGGACGGGCUUGAGGAAACUCAGGACCCCUCUCCCAGCCCGGGCUGAGCCCCGGCUGAGCCCCUCUGGCCAGUGGGGGCCUCCUCUCUCAAGGUCCCACAGGCUGGCUCUGGGUGGGCAGCUGUUGGAGCUGGCAGGCAGGGGCACAGAUGCCAAGCCGGAGCAGCCAGGCGUACAACAGGUUGAGCCAGUCCUUGGAACAGUCGGCCCCACCCCAGGGAGAGCGGGCCUGGCAGAGGCUCCCUGCCCGCGGCACCCAGCCUGUGCCCGCUUGGCUCCCACGGCUGCCCACUUUCCCACGGUGCCAUCCCCCUCCACCCUCUCCCCCAGGUCAGCACCCGGGCAGUGCCCAGGGCUCUGGUACAAGAAAGCCCAGGGUGCCGUUCCCUGUCAACCCUGGGUGCCCAGGCCCUGCCGGCGCCCCAGUCUCAGCAACCAGGAAGCCCGGGAUGAGUGACCCAGCAGCAAGGCAGCAGGAAGCCCAAAGUGCGCCCCCCCCCCCUUGCAGGCCUCUGCUGAUCCUGGAAAGCCUGGAUACAGACACCCUGGCUCCCAGGAGCUGCCUCGGGGCUCUGGGACUGGACCGCAGCCUGUGGUGCCAGAAGCAGUAGGACCCAGAUGCUGGAACUCCUUCCCCUGAGCCCGUGUCUGGUCGCCACCAAAGACUCCCUGGGGCCUCUGUGCUCCUCACAACAGGACUUCAGGAUCUGAUGCAUCCACGGUGCGAGCCGCCGGGCACUGGGCAAGCUCGGGGGAGGCCGACCUGGAAAGACGACCUCCACCCACCCAGCCCAGCUUGUGUCUGACACAUCACAGUCUGCAAAGUCCUUUCAUGCACACAGUGGCAGGAUCCUGCUUUGAUCCACGAAGAGAACUUUACAAGUGCCUGCUGACUGCUGUGCACGCACCGCGUUAGGUCACGGGUGGGAGCAGCACGAUCCUACCAGGUGGGAGGAAAAGAGAACCGAGGUCCGGAGAGGCGGAGCUCUGCUGUGGGAGAUCCCAGCACCUACACUAGUGCCUGGUCCGUGGAAACAGGCGUCAAUUUCUUCUCUCUGCGGCGUCCCUGGAGGAUAAUACAGGCCACAGUUCUCAAACAGGAUGCUUCUAGAAGAGCGCACGCACAGUCUUGCAUUACAUACAUGACCAGCCACGUGGUCAUAUGAUGCCCUUGGCACGAGCCUGUUCCUCAUAGGCCCAGAAACCGGGGUUUGUAGGGGUGCGUGAUGGCUAGGUUCUAAGGGGGUCUCUUACAUACGGUGCGCCCGUCCUGGGGAGCGGCCAUGUAGAGCGCUCCCCUGGGUGGGGCUGUGACUCACUGCCCCAGCGUAGGCUCCAGGUUGGGAUGCCGAGCGGACUGGGGGCAGCCACGAGUUCUGGGUGGGACCCGGGAGAGAGCGAGGAGCCAAAGCAGACAGGCUGAGGGCAGCCCGCGGCGGGAAUCGAGCGGCUCCCUCUACUGGCGAGCGGGGGAACCGCGGCGAUUUCGGUGUAUCUGUGUGUCACUGAGUCACGAGGGGUGUCACAGGUGUGUCAGCGAGUGGGGGGUGCCAGCGCCACGCGACGCCUCGCUGGAAACUGGGGCGCGCACACCUGUCACGCUUACUUAGGGCCUGCAGAGCGUCUGAGAUGGGGCACCCCGAGUGCCCGGCGUGGCUGGGGCGCACGGCUGCCCGGUCGGUUCCCCUCACUGGCCCCGCGCACAAGCCAGGGAAGACGCGAGGGCUCCAGGCCGUGAGGACCGUUCCCGGUAAGGGACUAUCCCAUCAAACAACCGGGCGCCCAAGAAAGAGUUAACCGCGAGCCCCACAGCGACCGCAGUCAUUGGCUCAGGGCGCUGUCCGUCAGCGUGCUGGGGGCGGGGCUUGCGGGGCCGCCGCCGGAUCGCCCGGAGCCCCUCACUUGCCCCUCGACCCCCACAUCCUCUCACGGCUGGGCUGCUCCCACACCCCCAUCUUGCUGGCGACGCCUCCCGGGCCCUGGAGGAAGAGCGGACCGGGCCUCCUGGCGUCCCCCACUCUCUCCAGCUGCCUGGCUUCCCGACGGAGGGUGAUGAUUACAUAACAGAAUUGCCGGGCAGCCCCGUGCCAGCGCCCCUCCUCGGAGCCUGCCCCGGGGCCUGGCACCUGCCGCGCAGAGCCUGCUGCGCCGCCGCCCCGGCGGGAGACCCCGGGCCCCCAGAUGGCCCAGAGGCCGAGUCCCGAGGCGCGGCGGGCGCCAGGCUGGCAGCCGGGCCGGCGCCCCGCAAGGUCUCAGGGUCUCGCCUGCGGUCGGGUGGCUUCGCCAGCGCCUCUCUCAGACUGUGGGACCCACCUGGCCCCCUCCAACUUGAACUUGGAACUCGGGAGCCAGUAAAGGUGGGGCCAGAGGGCGCUGAGGCCAGGGUCGGAGAGGGAGAGGAGUUCGGAGACGCCGCGGGGGCUGGGCGAGGGGCCGGCCGGGGCGGGGGGGGGGGGGGACUCUUAUCCUGACAGGGCUCCCGCCUUCCCCGACUGGAGGGUUUGGAAAAACUGAGCAGGCAGCCAAGGCUUGGCUGGAAAUCCUGCAGCCCACCCUCCCGGGGACACAAAGCUGCGGGGCGGGGGCAGGGCGGGGGAGGAGAGCGCGACCCCGCGGAGGGCAGGGCCUCUUUUGGGGCUGGGGGCCCAGGGGCCAGGUCCCCGGGGAGGGGGCUCCUGGCGCUGUCUCCCUGCUGUCUGCUUCCCCCUUCUCCUCUCUGCCCCCCUCCUCUGCGGCCUCCUCCCCCUCCCCGGCUCCAGUCUUGCAGAUUGCGGGCAGACUUAACUCCUUGCGUCCCAGCCUGGCGGACUCCGGGGUGGGGACGCUGUGGGAGAGGGGCUCCGGACCCCGCUCCCGCCCGCAGCUGAACACCUGGUGGCCCGGAACUCGGGCAGGUUAGGGCCGGGAAAGGCUGUCCCGCGCAGACCCCGGCCCCAGCGGGCUCCCCGGCGCACCCUGAACGGCCUCCCCGCCCAGCUCGCACUCUCCGCGUCUCUCCCUCCGCCCUGUGUCUGCCCUCCUUCUCCCCGCCCCGACCGCUGACUGCGGCCCAGGCCCCCGGCAGCGCGACGGCGAGGGGAGCCCGCGAGUCUGGGUGCCCUAGCAGCCUCGGCGUUCUCCCCCGCGUCCGCCGCCGAGGCCCCGCGCAGGUGACCACAGCUCCCGCCUCGCUCGCCCCCCAGCGGGGUUCUUCCACCUUUCCGGCCAUCCCCAGGGGCGGAGAGUGCCAGUCUCCCCCGGAGACCCUGACCUCACCCUGCCCCAGCCCCUCCCCUGUCAGAUGUGCACCCCCGAAUUCUUGUGGGAACGACUCUGCCUGAGGGAGACGCCUCGGACUCGGCCGGAAGGGGUUAACGGAGCUAGCCGGCUCUACGUGAAAGCCAGGUGUGGUCCCGCCCACCUUGGCCGUCAGGUGCGUGUGGGUGGGAAGAGGAGGGACACUGACCUUAAGGACGGCUCGUUUUUUUUCUCUUGCCCCCUGGUGGCUAGACCUGGCUUAGCAGCCGCUGGCAAAAACAUGCUCACGUGGGGAUUCGCGCAAGGACGUUGGGGACAGCUAGAGGGUCCUUCCCUGAGAACUGCACCGUCCGAGGGAGGGAGAGCUCUCCGGGGAGGAAGAAGGGAGCUCGCAGGACCCCUAACCUUGCUGUCCCACACAGCGGACUGCCCCAGCCACUCCCAACAGAUCCCUGCCCUAGCAACUCCGCGCCGCGCGUCCCAGGUGCCCAGACAACCUGGAGCCGGGCAGAAAGAACACAGAGGAUGCAGGCCAUGCCCUCCGAAGUCGCCAUCUAAUAGACAGGGACGCGAGGGAGUUGCAUCCGCCUCUCCUUUCUGCGGCCCAGGCCCGCCUCCAGCUCACAUGCCUCCAGACCCCAGAAUCCUGCAAAGCCCUGGCCGGCUUCAAAGCUCUCACUGGCAGUCCUGUCCCCUGGAGCUUCCCGCCCUCCAACCAAGCGGCCUUCUGGGUUCAGAUCAUCAAAAGAUCCCCCCUGAGGGAUUGUGGGUGCUCACAACCACUGCCUUUCUCCCCAACAGCCCUCCCAGAUUGGCAGAGCCCACGGUCACCCAGGGCCAGGCCGUUGCCUCACUCACUCCCCUGCCCGCCUCCCUCUCAGAUCUCCUGUGCGGGCAGUGCUGCCCCUACAGGUCGCCAUACCCGACUCAACGUUUGCCUUCCCCUCCCCUGACCAACUCCGCCCAUUUAGUCCUACCAUGUGCUGGGCACUGCUUAUGCUUGUGACAAGACAUAUGAGGUCCUGGCCCCCCUCACAGCCUGGUUGGAGACUGACAGCCAGUAACAGGCAGGCUCAACUCAGUGUGAUGAGGGCUUGGGCACACUCAGGGGAGAUCUAUGUCCCAGACUUGGGACCCCAGAACAGGGAAUGACAUCGGAGCGGAGACUUCUUCCAGCCAUGGGUGUGGUUCUGUUCAGGCAGGUGGUGCAUGUCGCUGGGGGCCUCCAGACAGAGCAGGAGCCCAGCAAGAGGUCUCAGCCAGAGACCUGUGGGGCUGCAUUCCCACACAACCCAUUUCUCAUCCAUUCAAUCCACAUUCCAGGAGGAGGCUGGCCUGGGAGUCCAGUACAUGUGACCUUGGCCUAGGCACUCCCUCUCGCCGGGCCUCUGUCUCUUAACAUGUACAAAGGAGUGAGUGUGUCUGCAAGGCCUUCUUCACCCUGCAGAGAGAGAUUAAAUGGCAAGCUAGAGAGAGAGAAAACUGCUUGGCUGCAGUCCACUUGGGAGGACGGAGUUCAUAAACCGGAGCAGGGCCCCUGAGGAAGUCACAGCCAGGCACCUCUGCUUGCCCGACGCCCCACCUUGGUUGUUCUGGGUGCUGGGAACAUUGAAUUCGUGCCCUUAACUGAAGGCUGGGGGACAGUGCCCACAGGACAUGCUUAGUUGCUGCAUGAAUUUGCUCUUAUAUGCAGUACUGUAGAGCUGCUACUUGCAAAAGAUGGGGAAGGGACUUGGGUAAAAUCACGUGACGGCCGGCGCUGUGGCUCAAUAGGCUGAUCCUCCACCUGCGGCGCCGGCACACCGGGUUCUAGUCCUGGUCGGGGCGCCGGAUUCUGUCCCGGUUGCCCCUCUUCCAGGCCAGCUUUCUGCUGUGCCCCGGGAGUGCAGUGGAGGAUGGCCCAAAUCCUUGGGCCCUGCACCUGCAUGGGAGACCAGGAGAAGCACCUGGCUCCUGGCUUCAGAUCAGCGUGGUGCGCUGGCUGCAGCGGCCAUUGGAGGGUGAACCAACGGUAAAGGAAGACCUUUCUCUCUGUCUCUGUCACUGUCCACUCUGCCUGUCAAAAAAAAAAAAAAAAAAAUCACGUGGCUGGGAAGUGACAGCUGGCAGAAGUCCCCAGGCCUCCUAAUACCCCAUCCAGACUCUUCCACAACACCACUGGGCCUCUGGUAUCCAGCGUUCCACUGGACUUCUUCCUGUGUCUGGCUUAUUGCCCUGGGCGGCCAGAGGAUCUGGGAAGGCAAUCUGGACAUCGACCCCUCCCCUCCCCCAGCCUGAAAGGGUGCUCAGAAACCUCCCGUCUCCCAGGCCCCUUUUUGCCCCCUCAUCACGACCCUAUUCACGUGCGUGUCGCUCACUGGCUCCCAAGAGGCAUCUCUGGACUGUGCACAAAGCGGGGGCAGGCAUGUACUGAGCCCCAGGCAGCCUGAAGCCUGCUCUGUGGCCUCAGGCAAACUGAUUAACCUCCCUGGGCCUCAUGUCUUCACCUGCCAGGAACCGUAACCUGGGGCUGGCUCCCAGGCUGAUGGUUAAGACGCAGGCUGGGAUGCUUGGGUCUCACGUGGGGUGCCUGUCUCCUGCUCCUGGUUUCAGCUCCCUGCUCACGCGACCUUGGGAGGGGGCAGUAAUGGCCCCAGUAGUGGGAUCCUCGCCACCUACAGCUCUGGGACAGCCUUGACUGUUGUACAGUGAACCAGCAGACAAGAGUGUUCUCUCUCUCAAAUAAAUAAAAUUUUCAAAAAUAUUUGUGCAAAGAUCUUUAACUUCUCAUAACCCCUGGGGCACUGGUAAGUUGAAAUCCCAGUUCAGGAAGAGUUUUUAAAAGGUUGGGGCCAGUGCUGUGGCGUAGCAGGUAAGGCUGCCUGCUGCCUGCGGUGCUGGCAUCCCAUAUGGGCACCAGCUCGAGUUCUGGCUGCUCCACUUCCAAGGUUCAAGUCCUGGCUGCUCCACUUCCAAUCCAGCUCUCUGCUGAUGCACCUGGGAAGGCAGCAGAGAAUGGCCUUAGUGCUUGGGCCCCUGCACCCAUGUGGGAGACCCAGAGGAAGCUCCUGGAUCCUGCCUUUGGACUGGCCCAGCUCCAGCCUUGUCUAUUUGGGGAGUGAACCAGUGGAUGAAUGAUCUCUCUCUCUCUCUGUCUCUCCUUCUCUUUCUAUAAUGUGUAACUCUGCCUUUCAAAUCAAUAAAUCUUUAAAAAAAAAAAGAUACAGCUCUGAGGCCAGUGUUGUGGCACAGUGGGUCAGGCCUCCACUUGAGAUGCCAGAUCCCAUAUAGAGCACCCACUGGAAUCUGGCUGCUCCUGUUCCUAUCCAGUUCCCCGCUGAUGCACCUGGGAAGACAGCAGAUGGCUCUAGUGCUCAAGUCUCUGCCACUCAAUCUGCCUUUCAAAUAAAUUUUAAAGAAUUUAAAGAUUUUAUUUUAUGAAAGGCAGAGUUACGGGGAGAGAGAGAGAUCUUCCAUCUGUUGAUUCACUCUCCAUAUGGCCAUAAUGGCAAGGGCUGGGCUAGUCCAAAGCCAGGAACCAGAAACUCCAUCCAGGUCUCCCACGUGGGUGGCAGGGGCCCAGUCACUUGGGUCAUCUGCUGCUGCCUUCCCAGGCACAUUAGCAGGGAGCUGGAACCAAAGUGGAGCAACCAGGUUUCCAACUGGUGCUCAUACAGGAUGCCGGCAUUGCAGGCAGCAGCUUAACCCACUGGGCCACUAAGUAAAAAAAAAUUUUUUUUUUUUUUUGGACAGGCAGAGUU